AUGAAAGAAUUAGAUGAGUAUGAAGGCUGUGCACCAAAAAAUUGUAAAAGAUAUGUUACCGAUACCGUUAUAUCUGCAAAAGAGGCUGACGAGCUUUUAAAUAUGGCAAAGAGAGGUUUAAAACAUGGAGGUUCUCUAGGAGGGGCAUCUAUAUUAGACCUUCAUAGUGGAGCCUUAUCAAAAGGCUCAAAUUUUGUUAAUUUCUAUAAAUUAAAAGAAAUGAAAAAUAUCUUUGAUCAGAAUGACUUUAACACUUUUAGGGUGGUGAAGGACAAAAUCAAGUAUGCUAUUGCUCAUCACUUUGGAGUUCAGCCAACUAAAAUAUACUUGACUUUUCCAACAUUCUUUUCUGAAAUAAGCACAAAGAAAGCUGUUACAAUCCAUGAUGAAUACUGGCAUCCCCAUGUUGAUAAAGAGUCCUACAAGUCAUUCCAUUACACAACGCUGCUCUAUUUGGGCGAUUACAACAUAGACUUCAAAGGUGGCCAGUUUGUUUUCAUUGAUAGCAACUACAACUACACAGUUGAACCUCGGAAAGGGAGAUUAAGCAUGUUUACCAGCGGAGCUGAGAAUUUACACUAUGUUGAAAAAGUUACAUCGGGAGUGAGAUAUGCGAUGACUAUAUCAUUUACGUGUAACAAGAACUAUGCUAUACCAGAUCCAAGUGUUGAAAAAUUUGCUUAA